GCACAACAAACCCCCAGGUAAGGCCUGACCACAGGAGUAGCAGUGUGGAACGUGUCUCUAUGAAGAUCAAAGGGGCCAGCACAAGUUUCGACAGUUCUAGUGAGAGGAUGAGAGAAGCUGCUUCCUUGCAGAUGAGUGUGGUGCUUGGUCGCCGGCGUACAACUUUCAAACCAAACACUUCUAAAGAAACGUAAUUUGUAUCUAAACAACGACAUUCAAUUAUAUUGUUUUUGUUUGUAGUUGUUUUUUCGUCAAUGUUCACAAUGUUACCUGCGAAAUAUAGUAGUGUUAUAGUUUUCUUCACAACUUUUUGGUUUUACGCAACUUUGACACACGGGAGUGGAUUUAGUCACUCAACUAUUUUGGACCCUCGUGGGAAGUAUAAUAUAAAGUGGAGGUUUGACCGGAGAACUAUUUAUUUUGAAAUAGAAGUGGAAACUAGAGGAUAUAUAGGAUUUGGUCUAUCUCCCAACGGUGCCAUGGCGUCGUCUGACAUUGUCAUUGGUGGAGUCACGGAUGGGACACCGUAUCUACAGGAUUACUUUGCAGACGCCAACAGAAAAGUGCACAGAGAUGUGCAGCAGAACUACAGGCUGCAGUAUGGCAGGGAGAACAGUACACACACAGUCCUGGCUUUCAGCAGGCACCUCCUGACCUGUGACACAAGUGACAAGGACAUCACGGAAAGCACAGUGAGGGUAAUAUGGGCCUACCACAGUGAGGAUGUGAGACCGUCAGGACCGAUGUACCAUGGAGUGAACAGGGGGAGGAAGAGUAUGCGGCUACUCGAUCCAGGAAGUAAAGUUAAUAUUUCCUCUGAGAUUGACUUUUUCAACUUGCAAUACAUAAACGUGCCAGUGCCAUUCAAGGACACUACCUACUGGUGUCAGAUAUUUAAGAUCCAGAAGGUUCAGAAGAAGCACCAUAUCAUUAGAAUUGAGCCUUUGAUUCAAAGGGGCCAUGAAAACCUGGUCCAUCACAUUUUGUUGUAUCAAUGUGAUAGCACCUUGAAUGAGAGUGAGCUCAAGGCUGGCCAUGAAUGUUACCAUCCAAAUAUGCCUGACUCCUUUCUCACGUGUGAGACGAUAGUCUUCGCCUGGGCCAUUGGUGGUGAGGGGUUCACCUAUCCACCCCAUGUUGGACUGUCCAUUGGCACAUCAAUAGACCCUGUCUAUGUCCUGAUGGAGGUCCACUAUGACAACCCAGCCUUUCAACAAGGAGUGGUGGACAGCUCUGGCCUGCGUCUGUUCUACACCCCAGAGUUGCGUCAGUAUGAUGCAGGAGUGAUAGAGACAGGUGUGUGGGUGAGUCUGUACCACAUGCUGCCUCCAGGCAUGCAGGAGUACAUCUCAGAGGGACACUGUACCCGCGAGUGUUUGCAGGAGUCCCUAGGCCAGGAGAUGCCCAGCGGAGUGAGGGUGUUUGCUGUUCUGAUGCAUGCUCACCUAGCUGGCCGUGCCAUCAGAACCAGACACUUCCGGGGACAGGAGGAGCUGCAGCACCUGUCACAUGACGAGGAGUUUGACUUCAACUUCCAGGAGUUCCAGUUGCUGAAGGACGAGAGGCUGCUGUUACCUGGUGACAAUUUGAUCACAGAAUGCAAGUACACCACAAAAGACAGACAAAACAUGACCUGGGGUGGUUUGACCACCAGGGAUGAGAUGUGUCUGUCCUACCUGCUCUACUAUCCCAGAGUGAACCUGACCAGGUGUGAGAGCCUCCCUGAGAUCAACGGGCAGCUUAAGUUCAUCGGAGUCAAAGAGAUCCAGAUGCCUGCCACGACCUGGCCUUUCAUCAUCAAGAGCCCAAAGAAGUACAGCAACCUCUCCUUCACAGAGGCCAUGGACAAGUACAGGUGGUCGAAGAACAGAGGGAAGUCUUUCAACGAGAUGGUUCUACAGCUGCCCAUGAAUGUGCGCUGCUCCAGGUGGGGGCAGGACGAGUGGUCGAUUCAAGGGACCAUGGUGUCACCACCAGAGGUGAAGUCUGAAGUCAAGCCUCCCUCCAUGGUGUGCCGUUCUGCCUCAGAGCCACACAGUGGAGUGGUUCUACUCUUUACCAUGUGCCUCACAUACUCUAUAGUCCAGAUCUGCUAAAGCCUUUAGUCUAUAGCCAGACCACUGUGUGAAUCACACCACUCACUCUCUCACACCGGCCGUGGAAGAAGUCGUUUGACUGAAGAAGACGUUCCUAGAAUCUCUCCGCCCUCUCCAUUCAUUAUGUGUUAUUGGGGUGUCUGUUGAAUGCAAAUUCAGUCCUUGAUCAGCAACAAUAGAAGAUGGUUCUAGAAUGACUUCUCUGACUCGAUCGGAGUUAUCGGAGUGUGAAUUAUUAUAAGCAAUCUUCCAUCGGAUGAGCUGAAGUUCACAUGUUGGAAAAAUGUUUUGUUGUUGUCUAAAUAUAUACAUGUAUAAACCAUACUUUUUAUAUUCUGUGUGUCCAAAAGUUAAUACAUGUUUAAAGAGUUUUAUUUUGUACUUAUUAGUAUUACCUACGGUCAAGUUUGGGUUGUUAGUUAUUUAUUUUGAGUGUAAGACAAGACCCUUUUGCUAGUAUUGCUCAUGAUGCGUUCUUCAUAGCCUAUGAUUGGAAUUCUCUAGACCUGAGUACAUUACUUGACAAGUCUACAUAGAAACAUAGUAAUAGAUGAUUUCCCUGAUCCCAUUAUCCUGUGGCAGCUCAGGGGGUGUUUCAGUACUGUAAGGCCACUGUUAUGGCCUUGGGCUCCCUGGUACCGCUAGGAACAUCUCUCCCUAAGGCCACAGGGCCACCAGCACCGCUAGUCCGAUUUACAGCGAUUACUCUGACUGACUAACUCUAAUGUGCCAACGUCCCAUAUCGUCAGAAACAGGUCAAAAAGGAAGGUCUCGUUCUUGCUUUUCUGCAUGUGUUAGGUGGUUGGAGAGAAGAGUCAUGGAAUAUGGAAUAUUGUGUUAUUUACAGACCACGUGGAUGACAAUGCAUGAAUAUUUGGAUGGAUGAAUGGAUGUAUAUUUAAUCUAAUGGAUACAGCAGUAGGAUAGGGACGCAAAAGAAGGUAUGUGAAUUAUUAGAUUACAUGGGACCAUUAUGAAAAUGUAUUGCCAUCAUUGUCUUUUACCAGGUUAUUAAGUGUUUUGUUUCUCUAGUCAGGCUUCUAGUCAGGCUGGAUUAUUAUGAAAAGGCAGUUUUCUCACAGGGGAUGGACUUAGCUGUUUUGAAUUUGCCACCAUCUGCAGUGUGGGACUGAUGUAUUGUUUGAGAUAGUCAUGGGUGAAAACAUGACUUUUUUCCCCCUUGGGCUACCUCUCUGUCCAACAGUUAUUCUGUCUGUGUUCUGCACUUAUAACAAAAAGUGACAUCUAGAACCUAAAAUAGUUAUUUGGCUCUCCACAUAAGAGAACCCUUUUGGGUUCAACGUAGAACCCUCUGUGAAAAGGGGAUCUACAUGAAACCCAAAAGGGUUCUUCUACCUAGUACCAAAAAGGGUAGCACCACAGUGGUUCUCCUAUGGGGACAGCCGGGGAACCGUUUUGGAACCCUUUUUUUCUAGGAGUGUAGGAUUCUGGUCCAGCUUUCCUCUAUGUGUCAGUGGUGCCUAACAUCGAGGUGAUACCAUAGUAUAACAACAGUAUGAGAUAGUAGCCAUCCGACCUCUCUCAAAACUGGCAAAUCAAGACCACCUAUAUUUAAGGACAUUUUUUAUAUAACAAACAAGAAAUCCAAGUUAAUUAAGGAUUCCCUGAGGAUAAGCAGUCAUUGAGGACUGCUCCUGUUGCAAGGUGGGGAACCAUGUAAGAGCAUUGCAAAGUUAUUUGGUUUUCCUGAAUUUGAUGCCCUUGUCAAAUGCCAUGGGACAUGAAAGAGCCACUCUCAAGAUGGUGCAUGUUUUGAAUAAAGGAUGUGACUGUGGUGCAUCAGAGUA